UCUGGGACACAAACAGUGGUCGGAAUGAAUCGGUUUAACAGCGACAACAACAGCACCGUGCACACUGGGAGCAAAUACUAAACCACAGCCGCGGGUGCAGAGAUACGGAGCUGACAGCGCGUUUCUUCUGGUGACACACAGUCGUCCCGCCUCUGCCUGCGGAGGAAGCCGAGCGGAGGGCCGUGUUGUUCGGGGUAGUCUGAGAAAUGCACCCGUGGACUUUAUCCACGCAGCGGGCUAGUUAGCUUCCGACGGGAGUGAGCAGUCCACAGUGCUGCGAUUUGUGCUAAAGGAUUGACUUGAAAAGGAUGGCGAGGGAUAAUGGAUCAGUCGAAGAAGUUGACAUUUUCGCAUUAAUUUGCUUUUAAGUAUUUUUGGGAGAGCACCUGACCAUCUGGCUCAGCUCUUCUUCGACAUGACUUCAUUGGAAAUGGCGUGUUUGUCAGGUAGAAAGAACACAUUUGUAGGCUGUAAACUCAUGAACUAUUGUGUAACUCAACGGGUUUAUCCAAGAUAGAUACUAUGGCAGGCACAAGAUAAGUAGACUAUCACGAAGUGCUGCCUAACCUUGGUUGCUCUGGGACCUGAUGAGCAAUGCAAUCUCAAAGAUAGACUCAUCAUUUGCAUAUUGAAAGACAUGGACUUGUGCAUGUUGUAAAACGAGACAACUCCCUGGACACCGCUGUAGACAGAGGCGCUUCUGUGGAUGAAAGGUUAGGCCAGCCUGCGGCAGACCCGAGGGGCCAGCAUGUCCAUGUCAGGGGCCACAGCUGUCCAGCUGUUCUCCAAGCUCCUGAAACAUGCCGCAGGCAAAGCACAGAUCCAGUUCAACCGCUGGCUGCAGAGAAGCGCCACUGAGGAGUGUGACAAGAUAGACAUCCUCAUCUGCAGCGCCUUUGACGAGAGGAGCAGUGGUUUGGGCAAAUCUGAUGGAGCCUCUGAUGUCCUUGGUGACAGUGGAGGGACCCCUGCCCCAGCGGAGUUCAGACACCCGUGCUGCAUCACCACUUGUUGCUUUAAGAGUGCCCUUCUGGCCUGUAUCCUGACUCUAGUGUGCUUCUCCUCGGUCGCCUUGGUGAGGCAGUACCUCAAGGACCUGCUGCUCUGGGUAGAGAGCCUAGACAGUCUUGUAGGAGCCAUGUUAUUCAUAGUGGGCCUCAUCAUAGUGUCAUUUCCUUGUGGAUGGGGCUACAUUGUCCUUAAUGUGGCUGCUGGGUACCUCUACGGCUUUGUGCUGGGCAUGGGGCUAGUGAUGGUGGGUGUGUUGAUAGGGACUUUUGUGGCACACUUGGUUUGUAAACGGCUUCUCUCGGACUGGGUCCUGAACAAAGUGGGCAACAGUGAACAGCUCAGUGCGGUCAUUCGAGUGGUGGAAGGUGGCAGUGGAUUAAAAGUUGUGGCCUUAGCAAGACUCACUCCCAUCCCAUUUGGGCUCCAAAAUGCAGUUUUCUCGAUCACAGACGUGUCCUUGCCAAACUACCUGGUGGCCUCCUCUGUGGGUCUGUUGCCCACUCAGCUCCUGAACUCGUAUCUGGGCACAACACUCCGCACCAUGGAGGACGUCAUCGCUGAACAGAGCAUCAGCGGGUACUUUGUGUUCAGCUUACAGAUCAUCAUAAGUAUCGGCCUGAUGUUCUACGUUGUGCACCGGGCCCAGGUGGAGCUGAAUGCCGCCAUCGCCGCCUGUCAGAUGGAACUCAAAUCGUCCCACAUGAACGGCUCCUCGUCCAAUCACAGCGGCUUCAGCUACUGCAGCAAAAGGCCUCACGCUGGCGGGACAGGGAACUGCAUCAAUGUGGUGUGAAAAAGACUCCAGUAUCAGUGACUACUCCAAACCAGCUGUCCUCCGCUAUGAGAAUAUGGGAUAGCUUUACUCAGUUGUCAGCAGCGAAUUCUGUCCACCACUUCUGCCACUUUAGCCUGUUUGAGGUCCACAGAUUUGCUUAUGGCUACUUGCAGUGUUUUGGAUUAUUUAAAAUUUGCUAGGUAUGUAUUGCACACUUUACUGUUACAGGAGAUGUCAAAAACACAUGAGUCAUUUAAAAAGAGGUCGGCUUUGACUUCUGGCUUUAUUUAACUCUGAAUGUGCAAUCUGGAGCUUACAAACCACAGCUGUAAUUAUAGUGUCAAAGAUAUGCUAACCUAUGCACCUUUCCUGCCAUUGGUCUGUUUUCUCCGAUCUUACCAUUUAAUAAGGGCAUUUACAUUUUACACAGUUGUUUUUACUAGCUACUGUCUUAGUUCAAAUUUUAAUACACACAGAGUGACUUAUUUCAAGUGUUUUAUUGAACAGAAUGCUGUACAUGGCAACAGAAAUUAUCAGUACAAUAAUACAUACAUGUACUCUUGUGGCUUCUGUAUUAGUCAAUAAAAAGCCUAUUCCAUCAUGAAUAAACAGGAGUUCUGUAGUUAAGUAUCUUAUUCAGUGUUAUAACCAGUUUGCCAUUAACUGAGCGGGAAUUGAACUGCCAACUCUUCAGUCAGAGAUCGGCCUCCUGCUCAACACAUUUUUAGACCUGUCACAAUCCCUAAUUUGUCAUAUUUUGGUACACUUUAUAUUGAUAAAUGUUAAUAUUGAAACUACUUUAUGCCAAUGACACAUUAAGCCUAAAGCAGGAUACCAGUAUGCCUUUUUAAAUUAACUAUUUUAUAAAGAAAAUACCACAGUUAAACACUUUAGUAGUUUAAUAUUGAUAAGGAAAGGGCAUAUAAGUUACUAUGGCUCUAUUAUUCUAUUGUUCAAAAAUAAAAUAUAAUAAAUCAAAAAUCAAGUGCAAAGAUAUGUACAUAAAAUGUUGUUCUUUCUAUCAUAUAUCAACAACAAAUUGACAGUAAUUAUCAAGGCCAGCCUAAAGACGACAUAAUCAUGACAACAAAGUAUUUCACUCUGUGUGUACUAAAUAUGACUUGUGAAUUGAACAGACAGUAAUGCUACCCUUAUUUUUUGUUUAGUUGAACAUGGAACUGUAGACUGUUUGCCUCGACACAGAGAAAGGCCGUAGUUAGCAGCAGCCUCCUCCCUGCGCUGCUGUGGUUUGUGCUGAGUGGAGCUGCUGUCCUGGAGAUGGUUUUAGCUCUGGUGCAGUUUUGAUAAGAGCAGCUGGAGAUGGGAGCAGAUUCACAGCGGGAAACUCUGGAGCAUUCAGGAAAAAAGUCCAAGUCAGCUCCGCAGCCGCCCGCCACAUGUCCACAAACACUUAUUCACACACUCAGCUUGAACUCAGCUGAGACGAGAUGUCCUUAAAAUUACUUUUUUACGCUAGUCUUUGUUUACUUAGCGAUAAGAUUAUUAUUUAGUAUUCGUACAUCGAUGAACAUGUACUCUUUGUUUAGAAAUUCUGUGCAAUACAUGGAAGAAUGGUGAAAUUGAAUGUCAUAUAUAUUUUAGUGCUGAAACCAAACUAAUGGGAGAUUACUAACCCAAACAUUAAUUUUAGUGUUUAGAGCUAUGCCGUAUAAGAGGCAGUUAUUUCUGUGCCAUUUUCAGAGGUAAAGGACAUGUGACUUUUAUUUUUAUGAUUCAUGUACUACUCCAGGGCCGCUGUAGUUUUUUUGCACAGUCCACUACUACAAACUACAACUAUUAGUUCAGUAGGAUCAAGUUUGGUCUAAAGUUGAACUGAUGUGUCUGAAGCUGACAAUCAAAACACUACAUGGACACUAUGAAUGAAUGUUGUUUUUAUUUUGUAUGUGUAUAAUUGUGACGCUGCUCCUGACUGGGAGUUUAUAAGGGCUCUCUACACACCACCUCCCUCUGUUGUUUCACUAAAGCCACUUUUUGAGGCUUGUGUUGAUUUAUUUUUUGUAAUAUUUACAUCACAACACAUUCCAUACCAUGUCAGUCCCUUAAAAUUGUAAUGCAGUUUUUGCUAAAUACUUUUGUUCACUGCUUGCUGGUUGAAAGGGCCCCAUCUUCUUUGAUAAGCAAUAAUGAAUGAAAGCAAAAAUAUAUGAGAUGAGUGUUGUUAGCCAAGUUACAUUGUAGAUCAGAUUGUGACUUAGACUCCAUUUUGUAAAGAUGUAUUUUAGUUGAGUGAACAAAAGAUCCAUAUUCCACUGUAUGGUGUAGUGUGUACAUUCCCAGUUUUGUGUUAUGGUCUGCCUUUUACCUCCCGCUGCCUCUGACACAUUUUUGUGCUGCCUACAAAAGUGAACGAGACGAUGUCAUGAGACGCACGCUUUUGUGUGAGCAGUACAGCUCCUCAGAUUAACUUUGAGAGAGUGUAUUUGAGAUUAAGAGUAUGUAGGUUUUAUGAUAGUAAAUGUUGUACUAUCGAUAGGCAAAUGUUAGGCUUGAUUAUGAAGUAGGAAUUCUUUAGAUUUAUAAUAUGGACACUCUCUGAACAAAGUGCCAUUUGUGAAGCUGUCCUGUUUGGAAGAACUGGAAGUAACGCUAUGUUUAAUGCAAAAAUCAAACUCAUGAAACUUGAUCGGCCAACGUCAUGGAUAGUUCCCAUAUUUCAGCCUCGUAUCCAUGACUUUACAGACUGUAUAGAGACUACAGUGCAGGCACAGGCUCCGGUUCUUCCGAGGUGGGCUCUACUUAAAACUUUAGAUCUAGUUAUGCAACAACAGAUUCCUGAGGGAAGUAUAUUUCAUAGCCACCCACACAAAGACCUGGAUUUGGGGCGAAGUCGCUAAAUGGGUCAUGUUUGGUGCUAUGAAAUGCUAUACUUCCCAUCUGUAUCAAGUGCAUUACUCUUAUACUGUAUUUUGUAAUACAGAUGAUUUUACAGUGUAUAAAUAAUGAUAUUUAUCACUGUACAAUGCUUGUUCAGUGUUAUUUAUGAGAAAAUAAAAUUAUCUAAGUUUUUUUUCUUAA